AUGGAAGCUUAUAGGAACUCAACGGAUAAAGAUCAUUCUACCCAAUUAGCUAGAAGUUUAUUUGAUGUUUGCGAUGUUGCCCAGCAAGGUUAUAUUCAACGUUGCGAUUUAGAAAUUUUAUGCCAAAAAAAGGUAAUACCCAUUUCAGUUGACGAAGCUCAUCAAUUAUUUUAUUUACUGGACGAAAAUGGCGAUGGGAUUGUUACGAUCGAAGAAUUUAUGAGUUGUUUUGAAGAUGCUAUUGGUAUAGCAAUGCCUAAAAACCGUAAUCAAGAGACUUUAACCCCUCCAUUAUCAUCCCCGGAAUCGACGACCCAUUAUGAACAUGAGAACACUUAUACUAAUGAUUACCUGGAAUUUUUUCAUAAUCAAUUCUUUGAAGGGCAAGACCAACUUUGCGAACUAUUUCAACAACUGAACGAGUCAGACUCACCACAACUACUCGUCAACCUGGAAAGUUUCCUACUAUGCGUGGUUAAAGAUAUUAAGAGAAGACAGGAGAAUACAGAGCAACUGGAACUCGCUUUAAAAAGAUCUACUGAGAAACAAGCUGAACAUAUCCAUCAAUUAGAAGAAGAAUUUGAUCUUCAAUUAAGUAAAGCAGAAGCAAAAAUUCGUGCUGAGGAAAGAAAUAAAACAGAGAGAGUUAUAAGUGGAUUAAGAUGUGAUCUAGAGGGCAAGCAAUCUGAAUUGCAAGAAAUCACUGUAAAAAUUCAAGCGGAAAAUCGUGCUUUGAAAAGCCAGAUUACUAGCGCACAAACUGAAUUAUCCAUCGUUAGGAGCGAUAUGUCACAAUUAAAUAAUGAUUACGAAGAGCAGUCUUUAGCAUUACAAAAUGAAUCGGAAACGGUUUUAGUUCAUGUUCGUGAGCAAGAAAACUUAACGAGACAAUUACAAACCCUUCGAGAGGCAAAUAGAAAGCUGCAAAUGGUAAACAUUGACUUGAAAGAAAGAUUAGAAGUAGCAAAGGGAUCCUCCAAGCCCAACGGAGCAAUCAACGAUGGGAAAUUGCCAAAUGGAUCUAGUAAAGAAACCAUGUCAUUUAAGGAUGAAUGUGCCAGCCAGGGAAUUGAUUCUGACUCUUACAGAAAGAAUGCAACCCUAUCGCAAAUUAGCGUAGACUUGGACGAUAGACCACUUACCGGUAAUGGAGGCAUUCGAUCGAAUACUGCGGAUAGCAGUGAUAUUUUUCAAGCCAACGGAGACGCUAAGCCGGAGAAAAAACUUUUCAGAACCGAUUCUCAUUAUAAUAUAGGCAAAAUGGAGGUGAAUAAAACCGAUACUAAAAUGUUCAAAUUGGUAUUAGCCGGCGAUGCUGCUGUCGGCAAAUCAAGUUUUAUUUUAAGAUUAUGCCAAAAUCGAUUCCACAAUGCGUUGCAUUCUACUUUAGGUGUUGACUUUCAAAUGAAAACAUUAGAAGUAGACGGAAUCAUCGUUACAUUACAAUUAUGGGAUACUGCUGGGCAAGAACGAUAUCGCAGUAUUGCAAAGUCCUACUUUCGUAAAGUUGAUGGUGUCCUGCUGCUGUAUGAUGUAACUUCUGAAAGUUCAUUUUUAAACGUCCGAGACUGGAUGGAUGCAAUUGAAAAUAGCACAAGUAAGCCGGUACCCAUUAUGCUACUAGGAAAUAAAGUGGAUUUGAGGGACACCGAAGAAGCUAAAGGAGAGGCAGUAAUCAGUACUGAGAAUGGGCAAAGAUUGGCAAAAGAAUAUCAAGCCAUGUUCGUCGAAUGUAGUGCUAAAAGUGGUGUUAAUGUUAGUGAUGCAUGUCUGAAAUUAACACGAAUCUUAAUGGAAAAUGAAAGCAAAUCAGAAGGAAGCUCUAAUGGAAUGAAACUUACUGAGAAAACCUUAGGCCAAGGGAAAAAAUUUGGCUGUUGCCAUCAUCGCUAG